AUGAGCAGCAGCAGCAACAGAAACAACAGCAGCAGCAGCAGCAGCAACAACAACAGCAACCACACCAGCAACACCACCACCACCACCACCACCACCACCGCCACCACCAACAACAGCAGCAGCAGCAGCAUCAGCAUCACCACCACCACCACCACCACCACCAACAGCAGCAGCAGGAGCAGCAGCAACAGCAGCAGCAGCAGCAGCAGCAGCGGUGAGGAGAGUGAAGGAUAUCCAUACUUUAGUGUUGGUUGUUAUCCUGCUGCUGCUUCUCACUGUGUCUUUGAUUGGGAUAGAGAUCUGCUGCUGCCGCUGUCUUCCUUUCUAAAGAAAGCUCACACUAACUUGCUGCUGCAGCUUGUUGCUGCGCUGCUGCCGCUGCUGCUGCUGCAGCACACACACGAACAACCCGCACCAGCAGCAGACACAGAAACUGCAGCAGCAGCAGCGAAGCAGCAACAGCAGCAACAGCAGCAGCAGCAGCAGCAGCAGAAGCAGCAGCAGCAGAAGCAGCAGCAGCAAGUCGAUGCACUCGCGGGCAUCUGUCUCAGGCCCUGCAGAGCGCAGCCCUCACAAAUUCUGCUUCUCUUCUUUUCUCUUCUGCUGCGUUUGCUGCUGCAUGGGCUGCAGCAAUCGAUCAGCAGUAGUGCUGCUGCUGCUGCUGCUGCUGCUGCACCGGGAGACUGGUGUACAACAGCUCUGCUGCUGCUGCCUCCUACGGUCAGGCAGCAGCUGCUGCAGGAGGCUGCUGCUGGUGUUUCUUCGGCUGCUGCAGACUCCCCCUCAGCACCACAAGCAGCAACAGCAGCAACAGCAGCAGCAGCAGCAGCAGCAGAAGCAGCAGCAGCAGCAGCAGCAGCAAGUCGAUGCACUCGCGGGCAUCUGUCUCAGGCCCUGCAGAGCGCAGCUCUCACAAACUCUGCUUCUCUUCUUUUCUCUUCUGCUGCGUUUGCUGCUGCAUGGGCUGCAGCAAUCGAUCAGCAGUAUCCCCCGCUGCAGCAGCAGCAGCAGCAGCAGCAGCAGCAGCAACAGCAACAGCCAGUGAACAGGGGCAGCGACCCUCAAGGGCUCACCCGCAGCAGCAGCAGCAGCAGGCAAAACCCGAAAAGAAGGCUCCCGCUGCUGCUGCAGCAGCAUGCAGACACAUGGGGCCUAGCAGCAGCAGCUGCUGCUGCUGCUGACGUCAAGCAGCAGCUGCUGCUGAUCGGGGCUGUGCUGCGGCUGUUUGCUCCUCACGAGCUCUCGGGACUGCAUGCGCAGCAGCAGCUUCUGCAGCGCUACCCGCUGCAGCAGCAGCAGCAGCAGCAGCAGCAUGCAGCAGCAGCAGCGUUGCUGCGCGUCACUCCUUCUUUUCAACAACGGCUGUACAGCAGCAGCAGCAACAGCAGCAGCAGCAACGACAGCAGCAGCAGCAGCAGCAGAGAACUGGCUGCAAGGAGGUGA